UGUUAAAAUAUUGCGAGUAUUUAGAAAAUGAAUAAACAAAAUUCGUAUUUCCACUACGAGCACUCUCGGUUACAGCUUGGUUUGGUGAUCUCAUUCCCAUAUAUAAUUCCAAUAUUCUCUCUCCUCUUUUCUCUUUCUUUCUAAUCGAUCAAUGUAUUUUCAUUUCUAACACCGCGUUUUCUCACCUCCCUUCAUCAUCUUCUUCUUGUUCUUCUUUUUAUCUCUCUAAAAUCCCUAAUUUCUCAGCUAUAUCCCCCAAUUCUGAGCUCCUUUCGUGAUUUCUUCUCACUUUUAUCGCCGCGUUUGAUUCUCAGGCGGUGAGGAUGUCUACUCCAGCAAGAAAGAGGUUGAUGAGGGAUUUCAAGCGUCUGCAGCAAGACCCACCAGCUGGGAUUAGUGGUGCUCCUCAAGAUAAUAACAUCAUGCUCUGGAAUGCAGUUAUAUUUGGUCCUGAUGACACCCCUUGGGAUGGAGGAACGUUCAAAUUGACACUUCAGUUUACUGAGGACUACCCAAAUAAGCCUCCUACAGUUCGCUUUGUCUCUCGGAUGUUUCAUCCAAAUAUUUAUGCAGAUGGAAGCAUCUGUCUUGAUAUACUACAAAACCAGUGGAGUCCUAUAUAUGAUGUUGCUGCGAUCCUAACCUCAAUUCAGUCUUUGCUGUGUGAUCCAAACCCAAACUCUCCUGCAAAUUCAGAAGCUGCACGGAUGUUCAGUGAGAACAAGCGUGAAUAUAAUAGGAGAGUGCGUGAGAUUGUUGAGCAGAGUUGGACUGCUGAUUAAUCCUGUGUUUGAAAUAUACAACCUGUGAAGAAAGUUCGGUGUCCUGUCUGAGAUAAGUGACUUCAGGAGACUAGAACAAAAGGGUGAAAUGGAAAACAAAAAACAAUUUGUUGUGAAACUAUCUGAUUUAUCUUAUAAUAUCUGGACUUCUGAAGUACUUGUUCAGAAAGGAAUGCUAGAUCCUUGUGGAUGUGUCUGUUGAACAUUGCAAGUUAUGUAAGUUCUGCUUUAGAUUGUGUUUGAUUGUUCAUGUUUUAGGUUUCAAUCUGAGUUUUUAGUUUUUGUCUUGUAUAUCAGUAUAUGUGAAUGAAGUAUUGAGCAGAAUCCUGUUAUGUGGUUGCUUCUGACAUCCUGUAUUUUCAUGAAAAAAGGUGUUAGCCUUACUGUA